AUGUCUUUAAAUAAAGCGAAAGUUAAAAAGAGCCGAUUAACUGAAAGAGCAUCAGCAGAAGACAGCAGAGAGGGUGUCAACUGGAGGUUACAGCUGAGAACCGCACUUGCAGACACCCAUAAAGCAUUGCAGGAGCAUUAUGGGAACUCAGCAGAGAGUAUGAGUAUGGACAGGACUGACAUGGACACAGGCUUGACUGAGAGCUCCAACAAACAUAUCCAUAAAGCAACAGUGAUGGAGGACAUAAGUAGUCAGGAAAUGGACAGACCUGAGGAGAACGGGAGAAACCGGCCCGCAAUGAUCCAGAUAUUAAGACACAACCCUGCGGACACAGCCAGACAAAAUCUGGACGUUAUGAAAGAGAUUCAUGCCAUAAUUCAGAUUUUUGCCAGUAGAAUGAACCUCAAAAACCAGGCUGGUAAACCACAUGAUGCUGACAAACACCAGCAGGAGAGCCGCAAAAGAGCAAUGGAGUUUGUGGACACCCCUGAUACCCCAGACCUUGAUGCUGACAGUGAAGAACAAAUCUCAGGAAUCAAAGCAAAACUAAACUAUACUGCUGACCGGGCCACACUGGAUGACAGUAGGGAAUCGGCUGAUCUGAUCCCAGGAUGCACAGAAACAUCUGUUGAACAUCCCAUGGAAGAGAACAACAGUCUGGCUGCCCCUAAUGUGGACCAGGAGAUUCAAAAGGACACAAUGAGCUAUCAGAACCAGCUGAGGGAAAUAUGUCCCACCAAGAGUGUACGAGCAUCCAACAACCCAAGAGCACAGCUGGAUUUAUAUAGUCCAGAAAGAGUGAACAGUGAAGUUUUGGACAGGGACAACAGCAGUGAGAGGCUGGAAGUGGCAGUUCAUCUGUAGAGAAUCACUUACUUUUGUAGAACAUGUACUUUUUACUUUUUUAUUUGGACUGUGAUUUUAAUGUCAGUUUGAUCUGAUAUCAUUUGUUUGUUUGUCAGUCAUUGCAUAAAUACACAAAAUAAUCAGA